ACCCAAGCUUGUAAUUUCUGAUUUAAUGGAAGUGUUUCUCUCCUUUCUACCUUUCUGUGAUUGAUUUAGAGGCCUUCGAAGGAAGUUAGGGUUAGAGGGGAGAAGGAUCUUGAAUGUGCAACAAAAAAGGGGGCUUUUGUUUGUUGUUGUUGUUUUUUUUUAUUUUUUUAUUCCUGACUUACUCCUCCCCCCUACUUCGUGCAGAGUUUGAGAAAAUGUCGUCGGAAAGAACAGAAAGUAUUGUAGGGAGUGAGGUGGAGCCUUUGGACUAUGGGGGUAUGGACUCAGAGAGUAGUCCAUCUCCUACUAGUUCGGAGGAAACAGUGGAGGGGGUGAGAGGAGAUGAGGUGGUGGGGGUAGGGGGGGUGAGAUGGCAGAGGUUGGGAGGAAUCAGAAAUGCAGAUAUAGUGGAGGAAGUGAAGCAGUACCGAUCUGAACUAAGGACCAGGGAUGACCUGUGUCACUUAGUAGAGACGUACGAGAUCUCUUCUCGGGUUUUAGUUAGGCCAGCCGGGGUAGAGGAGAGGGCAUGUUCUGCUCCUCGGGAUCACUGGAUGCCUGUGUAUUCCCACUACUUGAUGGUGGGACUCAGGUUUCCACUUCUUGAGUUGCUGAUAGGUUUGUUGUUAGACUACAACAUAGGGUUGACACAGUUGGUUCCCAACGCAAUGAGGGGUAGUAGUAGGAGAGAUAAGGGGUGGUAUUAUUUCACCCCAAGGGUAGCUAAUAAGGAGGGUAGGAUUUUGUUUACGGCAGGUCCUUCAUCCAUUAAGGGAUGGAAGGAAAAAUUCUUUUUUGUAGAUGAUAUUGAGUGGGGGAAAGGGGAUGCCGAGGUGAGGCGUUAGCUUCCUGGAAGGCCAAAAGGGCCAACCAGAAUAAAUUUAGUUUGAAUGA